GCGUACAGCAGCGGGCGCGUCUUCGGCAUCGCGGUUGUUCCAUCUCCUGAGGUAGUGCACAGCUGCGGGACGUCUUCGGGCCACACAGUGUGCGUGGUGUCCAGUGGCAACGCUGAGCAGCGGGCGUGUCUUCGGCGGCUGCGGCAGGAGCGAAGGUAUAGCGGGUGAGCGAUUUGCGGAGAUGGAUGGCGGCGGCUGCGGCCACGGUCUGCGGGCGGAAGAGAUGGAGGCGGUGGCGAUGGCGGUGUCUACCGUCGUCCUGAAGACGAUGAACGAGAUGGCGUCGUCGUCACGAGACGUGGCGAAGCAGCUCCGUAAACGACGAGCGCAAUUGCAGAGCGUUGCCGAAGCGGCGGAUUGCGUGGCGACGUGUGAGGCAGUGGUCCAGUUGUGUGCCGCGUUGUCGUCUGGCAUUUUCCCCUGGCAGACCCCGCGAUGGUGGAUUAAACGACGUAUUGGCAGAACAUGGGAGGGCCUCCGGCAGUGUGAUGACGCCACGGAAGAGUACUACCGCCAAAAGUUACGCAUGUCGAUGGCCAUGUUCAAGCAGAUCGUAGCCGCUCUUGCCGCGUUCGUAGAGAAGAAGGUCGCGCACUACAGGACGCCAUUGCCAGCGGAGCAGUUUAUCGCUUUCGCGUUGUACAGGUGGGCGUCCGGGAAGAUGUACGAGAGUGGCACUUCAGCCUUCAGCAUCGGGAGGGCCACUGGACUGCAAGCCGUCCGCGACGUCACUUCGGCGUUGCUGCGGGCGUACCCCGAUGCCAUCAAGUGGCCAGUGGGCCGCAGACAUGUGCAGAUUCUCCGCGCUUUCCUCAACAGGGGAUUCCCGAACUGCUUCGGCGCCAUCGACUGCACACACAUCUACAUCCACAAGCCCACUGGCGCACCUUCUACCAACUACUACGACCGCAACCACAAGUUCUCUGUGCAGGCGCAGGUCGUCGUGGAUUUGGAUCUCCAGAUCCUCGACUUCCACGUCGGAUACCCAGGGAGUGUGCACGACGUCCGCGUCCUGCACAAUUCCCAGCUCUAGAGGCGCGCGCAGACUGGCGAGCUCUUCGACGCAGCUCCAGAGAAUUUGCCGCACGGUGUCGUCACACGAGGAUACCUGCUGGGCGACAAUGGUUAUCAUGUUGCCUGUCCAUGGAUCGUGCAGUCGUAUGGAGGAAUAGACCAAGGUCCUAACGAGGAGCGCUUCGACACCCGACAGAAGGUGGCACGGGGGUGUGUUUCCAGGUUCGUCUUGAAGGUGCGCAAACAUUCUGCUUAUGCAACAUUCGACGUAUGUGUGACCCAUGUGCUGUGGCCAAUGUGCACAACAGGAACGAUAGAAAACAAAUCGUUUUUUGAAAU